AUGGACGAGGUUAUCGCCUAUCGCGUCUACCUUGCCACGGACGAGCUCGGCUCAGGGCGCUCAAUGGUCGGCUCCGAUGUGGCCUCUAAUCUGACCUCGCUGGAUCUGGAUUCGAACACGUUGGUUGAUGAUUUCAGCCACAUCGUCGUGUACACUGUGUCCGAGCUAGUCGAGCAGACGACGCCGGCCUUUGUGGAAGUCGUCGACAAGGGCCUCACAGCGAGGGAGGCAGUGUUCCAAGAUCUAGACCUGGAUGCUACGGACAUCGGAGGGCCAUUGGCGUGGAAUUUGACGGGGAACACGUCAGACUUGACGCAGAUCACGCAUUACGCCAUCUACCUCGGCUGGGUGGACGUGGUCUACGGAGCCGCGAGCUCUACAACCACGAACAUCACGAACAUGUCUGAGGAAGAGUCCGUUGCCCCGAUCACGUCCACCACCGUGACCACGGUGACAGUAUCCACCAUAACAAGUACUUCGACAAGCACUGUGCCAGCUACUACAGUCAACGGCUCUGAUGACUCGGACGCCCCUGACACAAGUGACGGCACCAACCAGUCGGAUGACGACACGGGCAACGUUAGUGAAUCCAACGACAGCGAUGGCAGCAGGUCCAAUGACAGCGAAACAAGCGACUCCUUCAAUGCAUCGCCAGAGACACCCGCUGCUCAGGGUGGUGCGCUCGAGGGCGAGGACAAUGAAAGUUACAACGACAGUAACGACAGCAACGGGACCAACUUCUCGUUGCAGGUUGGGGCAACAACCGCACUGCCCACCACCGUGACCUUGACAACGUCACUGGUCUACGUCAGAGGGCGAUUCAUCGAGGAGAUCUCGGCCUUCACCGGCGACCCCCCCACGAUUCUCACCAGCUACCUUCUGUCGCCAGAGACUGACCUGUCCAACUUCACUCACCUCUUUGUCUACGUCCGGACGUCCUUCGCAGACCAGUCCACUCCAGCCGCGGCGCAGAUCACAGACGUGGAAGCAAGCACUUCAAGCAUCCAGUUCACUGACUAUGACCUGGAUGAAACGCAGAUUGGUGGCACGGUGAGCUUUCUCCCACCCAUCGACAUGCAAUUUGUGGAGGCCUUGCAGAUCAAGCUGGCCUAUGGGAGUCCUAGCGUAUCUCGGCCUUCUUGCUGUCUUGCAUGA